GGCCGGGCCGAGCGGGGACAGCAAAGGCGCAGCCCGUGUGUCCGGGCCGAACGGGGCCAGCCCGUGUGCCCCGGCCAUGGCCUGGCCCUCCCGGGGUCUCUGCCGUGGGCCAGCCCGGAGCAGAGGCCCCCGGGCUCGGCUGCCGCUGCUCCCCGGCGCUCCCUCAGGCGCCCUCCCAAGUCCCUCCCAAGUGCGGCCGAGCCGCCGGCUGUCGGCUGCUCUGUAAGUAGUGACAUAAACACUAAAUGGAAGCAAAUUGGUGAUUCAAGACUUGAGACCGCUGUGGAAUUGGAGGAAAUGAAAACUCAUUGCUGGAUCUGGAAGGAAAAUACUGCCUUGUGGAAAGGAGAAGGAGAGAUGUCACUGAAGAGCCGGAACCGUGGAUUAGCGGUUAAUGACCUCUGCAUACCGCACUUUUGGAGCGUCCUUGCCCGAAUGUACGAGCACGGAUUCAUUUUGAGGAUGGAUAAAGGCGCAACUGCUAAAUCAUCAUCUGCUGUGUUCACCCCAAAUGCUGAUACAGGAUGGAUGAAGAAGAGGCAUGGAGCCUUACAAGCUGCAAAAUUGAAUGCUUCCUUAGCUUCUAAAAUCAAAACUAAAUUAAUGAAUAACUCAUCUAUGUUUAAAGUAUCUUUAAAACAAAAUAACAAAGCAUUAGCUUUGGCUUUGAGUGUUGAGAAAGAAAAUUCUCGCAAGCUAAAGAAUGAGAAGAUUUUUCUUCAGAAGGAAAUAGAAAAACUCCAGAUUCAUAAUAUGUCGCUUCGUCAAAAACUAACCUGUUUGAAUAAAACUCUUAUUGGAAUAGAUGCAUUUUUGAACAAACACCUCUUAACUGCAAUAGAAAUAAGCAGUCCUUCUGAGGCUUUCCAGAGUUCCUUUCCCCUGUCAGCUGGCCCAAGCAGCCCUACUGGUCACAAGUUCAGGAGUGCCCAUCGGUCAGCUCGAUCUGUAGAAUUGCCAGCAAAGCUUCCUUUCGUUGCAACAGUUAAUGCAAAGCAGCAAGGUAGCCUUUUUCUGGGUGAAGCAUCAAAUUCUUACAAGUGUAUCACUAAUUCGACAGAGGAAAUGCAUUCAGGUCAAGUCAAGUUUGCAUCACUCUUGCCUUCUGGUACAAAUAAUCAAAAGUUAAUUGAAACAGAACCAACGGUUGACAAGAAUAGAUUUUUGAAAGAACAUCAACUGUGUGCAGAAUUAAGUUGCAAUAGUGCCUUCCCAACUCAUGGAAAAAAUACACAAUCCUCAGAACAGUCUGAGGAGCCUGCAGAACAAUAUCCUGGUGGUUCAUUGCCAUCUUAUGAAAAUGUGACUGAAAGAAAGAAAAAUGCAGUAUUUUGUAAGUCAAAAACUCAACCUAAUAUAAAGGAUUUUGAUAAAAAAUGUAGGUCAUUGAAUCUGCCUAAUCAUGAUAUCAACAGUAGCAGCAACACCAAUGAUAGGAAUUUGCAGGAAGGUUCAAGUGACUUGUCUCAGAUUAUUCCUUCACCUCUUAAAUUUAACAGUGAAAGUAAGACAGAUUUUAGCAAGCUGCUUUUUACUGACAAGAUGAAGCCUGAAGAAACUGUUUAUGAUGCUGAUAUGGAAUUGACUGCCAGUGAUGCAAGUGAACUACUCACAGUUACAGCAAAAGGCAAUUAUAAAUUGCACCAAAAUAAAAUUAAUAAUGACAAUUCUGACAAAAUAUUACCAAAUUUCAGAAAAGUAAAAUAUUCUAAGAAGGAUAAAGAAAAAAUUAAAAACAAGACUGAAGUCCAUUCAAGUUUGCAUGCAGAAGAAAGGCACUCCAGGGCUGACAGUUGUGAAAUUUCAGAAACUACUGAUUCACAAACUCAGCCAUUCCACAGUCAGACAGAUCAGCUACCUACAGGAAGUUCUGUAGAGCAGCAGAGUAAAACAAGUAAAGCUAAGGAUGCCAGGAGGACAUACCAGGUUAAUGUAAUGAGUCCAAGAAAACAAGAGACAAAUAAAGGAACUUCCUCAGAAAUGUUUGAAGAAGUGGACAGCAGAAUACAAAAAACAGACUCAAGCUCAUCUGUUAACAAGAUCCCACCAGAAGUUUAUUGUGCUGAAAAUUUACCAUUCCAAGAUAACAUUUCUUAUGCAUUGCCUUCUUUACAGGAGGGCUUUCUGAAUACAAAUGAGAAAGAUAACAAAGCAACAGUAAAGAGGAAGACUCAAAACCUUUCCAAAGCAAACACAACAAAAUCCUGUAGAGGGGAAAAUGGCCAGUAUGGAGAAUAUAUUUCAAAAAAAUCUCAAACAGAGAUAAACCAAUGUGACAGCAGCAAGAGAAAACAAGACCAGAAGAAUGUUACACAGAGAAAAAGCACCAAAAAAAGUAGUUACAGACAGGGUGGAGAAACUGAAAAGGACAGCCCUCAUAAAAUUAGUCAGAAGGCAGACCAAAAGAGCAGCCAUUUUUCACCAGGCAGAUUGAAGCAUACAUUGGCAAAGGCCGGUCGCAAAGCAUGUGUAAUAACAAAGGAAAAUCUUCCACGAUUCUCAGUUUGUAAAAAUGAAGAACUAAAAAAUAAGGAUUCAUUGCUUGCAGAGGCUGGAAAGAAAGUAACUAUAACUCAGCAACUGCAAGUAGCUUUAGUUACUCAGAAUGAUGCAGCUCUGAAUACACCAGAAGCUAAAGAACAGGUUGAUGGUGCUGACAGGUUAAAGAAAGUAGAUUCCUCAGCAGUGGCCAAAAAGACCAUCUCCCACAUAAGUAAUUUUCCUGAUAAGCAUGCAAAGCAGAAACAGAGGUUUAGUUCUGAUAUUGCUGAGACCAGACAAGAAAAAAGCUAUUUGAGGCAUGUUGAUCAGGGAGAUCAGAAUAUUUUGGAUGACCAGGAAGUCCCUCAAGAAAUGAAUUCUUUUGUGAGUAACUUGAGGCCUGUGACUAAAGCGCAAUGCUGUAAGAAUAUUCCAUGUAAGGCAGAAAGCUUUUCUCGGGAAGGUCUUUCCAGUGUAGAGUUCCCAGUUCUUGAUAAUCACAAUGCUUCCAUCAACUUCUCUAUACUGAAAAGCUCUGAAAUCCACGGGCAAAAUGAUCAUAAUGAAGCACCAGAUGCUGAAAAAGCAGAACAAAAUAUGGAUCAUAUUUCUAAACAGAGUGACAAAAUUACUCUGACACCUUGUCAUGGGAGAAAAGCUUUCCAAGAUCUGACAAAUACUAGUAUACAAUUUCACACUUCUCUACCUAAAUCUCCCCAAACUUCAGAAGACUCAGCAGCACCACUGAGACGAAGCAGAUCCACUAUUUCCUACAAGGAGCCCAGUCUACACAGCAAAUUAAGGCGAGGAGAUCAAUUUACAGAUACACAAUUCCUGAAUUCCCCAAUCUACAAAGUGAAAAAGAAAGGAAAUUUUAAAAGCAAAUCAAAAUUUUAUUGAAGAAUAGAGAAUUGCCUUUAUGGACAAUACUUCUAAAAGGGGUACAAUUGUUUAUGUAUAUAUGUAAAUGUUUAGCAAUAUAGAGUGUUUGUUGUUCUUUGAUUAGUAAAGGUCUUCCACAGUGAAAUUUUCUGGAGAAGAACCUCUAUAAAAGGGGCACAGAAUACUUUACAGAGGAAGGCAUAUACAGGUUAUACUUGCUCAGGUUUUGCAUUUCUAGUCAGUAAUUUAUAAUCUGUUCAAAUGGUUUGCAGCACUUCUUAAAUUGUUAGAAAAGAUAUGUUUUAAUAAGAAAUAAAAAUAAAUUGGCUUCGGGAA